UGACAUAUGUUCAGUUUUGGUGGCGCCAUCUUGCUUUCGCUUGUGACUGUCAAAUAAUAGCGUGUUUUCACGGCGUUUUUCUGCCGUAAAAUUCUUAUUUAACUACGUAUCAUCAAAUAAACAGUGUAUAAAUGUGAUAUAAUGUACUAAAAAUGUGAUUUGCGGAACUAUUUCAAGAAGUUUUACGCUAAAACUCUUCUACAAGUGAAAGGAACUGAAUUGCGAAAAUGACGGCUACAACAGUGCAAAACCAGGCCAAAACCGCUACAGCGGCGCCUGCGAAGGCCCAGAAAACUUAUGGGAAGAUUAUUUUGACGCUAUACAACUGCCUUUUACCGGAAAAUGUAUUCAAGGAAACGCCCUCACAGACCGAUGGCCUUGACAUCGAAACUGAGACAGACCUCCGUAUACUGGGUUGUGAAAUGAUACAAACUGCCGGGAUCUUGCUCAAACUGCCCCAAGUAGCAAUGGCAACCGGACAAAUCUACCUCCAGCGGUUCUACUACUCAAAAUCAUUUGUUAGAUAUCCUAUGGAAACUAUGGCUAUGGGCAGCAUUUACUUAGCAUCUAAAGUUGAAGAGAAACCUUGUAGGAUAAGAGAUGUCAUCAAUGUUUUCCAUCAUAUAAAGCAAGUGAGGGCACAGAAAAACAUUUCUCCACUCAUUGUUGACCAAAAUUACAUAGAAUUGAAAAAUCAAGUCAUUAAGGCUGAGCGUAGGAUUCUUAAGGAGUUGGGAUUCUGUGUACAUGUGAAGCACCCACACAAGCUCAUUGUUGUGUACCUGCAGCUGCUGCAGUAUGAGAAGAACCGUCAGCUAAUGCAGAUGGCAUGGAACUACAUGAAUGAUGCACUACGGACUGACGUCUUCAUGCGGUUCCCACCAGAGACAAUAGCUUGUGCUUGCAUAUACUUGACAGCACGCAAGAUUGGCCUUCCUCUGCCGAAUAAUCCACACUGGUUUCUGUUAUUCAAUGUACCAGAAGAAGAUAUUAGAGAAGUCUCCAUUCGCAUUCUGCAGCUCUACAAGAGAGCUAAAGUCAACCCAGAAGAAUUAGAAUGUAAAGUAGACAUGUUACGUAAAGUUUACCAGGCUAACAAGCAUAUCCAAGCACAAAAAGAUAGAGAGAAUUCUAAAACUGAAGAAAAGAAGGUAGAAUCACCUACUGCGUCAACAUCUAAAGAGAGUAACAGAAGGGAUUCUAAAAAGGACAAGUCACCGAAAACUCCACCUUUGUCUUCUAAGUAUCAUAGCAGCCAUAAAUCAAAGAAGGAUCGGGAGGGACGUAGAUCCCGAUCCCCAUAUGAACGUAAGAGGGAAUACUCAAGUAGUAGCAGCAAAAGACACAAGUCUCGUUCAAGGGACAGGGAAUUGGACCGCUCCCGUGAACGGAGUAGGAUGGAUGACAAGCGAGGCCGUGGGAUGUCACGCAAAUACGAUGACUAUGACCGUUCUAAAUCUGGCAGGGAUAAUAGAGAUGAUAAGAGAAAACAUUAGACUGUAUACUAACUUUAAAGUUUGUAAUAAAUACUUAAUUGAA